UAGUCUCACGGUGAUGGAAGUUGCACAUUUUUUCGAAGGGACCGAGAAGCUGAUGGAGGUUUGGUUCUCCAGGCAGCAACGCGAUGCAAACCAAGGAUCUGGGGAUCUUCGCACCAUCCCAAGGUACUUGUAUACUUUGGAUUUCCCAGGGAGUCGGGUAAUCAGUCAGCCAGAUCAAACCCUGGAAAUUCUGAUGAGUGAGCUUGACCCAGCAGUUAUGGACCAGUUCUUCAUGAAAGAUGGUGUUACUGCAAAGGAUGUCCCUCGUGAGAGUGGAAUUCGUGACUUGAUACCAGGUUCUGUCAUUGAUCCCACACUGUUCAAUCCUUGUGGCUAUUCAAUGAAUGGAAUGAAAUCGGAUGGAACUUAUUGGACUAUUCACAUCAUUCCAGAACCACAAUUUUCUUAUGUUAGCUUUGAAACAAACUUAAGUCCGACCUCCUAUGAUGACCUGAUCAGGAAAGUUGUGGAAGCCUUCAAGCCAGGAAAAUUUGUGACCACCCUGUUUGUAAAUCAGAGUUCUAAAUGUCACACAGUGCUUUCUUCGCCCCAGAAGAUUGAAGGUUUUAAACGUCUUGAUUGCCAGAGCGCUAUGUUCAAUGAUUACAAUUUUGUUUUUUUUACCAGUUUUGCUAAGAAGCAACAACAACAGCAGAGUUGA